UAUCAUAUCUGUUCAUUUAAGAUUAUAGGAUCAGACUGUUAUAUUGCUAUUUUAUUUGUAUAGUUAUCAGUAUAUUUGUAAUACAAAAAUAUUUCAAACUGGAAAAGGAUUAUAUGUCUCAUAUAAUUUUAUAGAAUGUCAACCAUCUCAACAACAGAUAUGUGUGCUUCACUCCGGUCGGUGGCAGUAUGAUUCCCGCAGCCAAUGACAGACCCAACUCUGACUGACUGGAUAGCCAAUGACGGAGAUGCGUGGUGACAAGUCAACGCAUAUGGCGAACGGAACAGGAUUUGUGUCCUCGACACACAGGCGAACAUGCCUUGAGAAGGUGUUAGCGCUGGUCCUCGCUACCUUCGCCAUUGCUGUGAUAGUGUUAGCUGCGCUUCUGGUACAAAGUUAUAGCUCUACUCAAAAGGAUAUCUGCCUUACAAAAGAAUGUACAGAUGUAGCCGCCCGGGUAAUUAACGCGAUAGAUUACAGCGUGAACCCAUGUGAUAACUUCUACGAUUUUGCAUGUGGCACUUGGAUGAAAAAGCACGUGGUACCAGAGGAUAGGUCCAACCUCUAUACAUAUGGGGUGGUACGAGAGAAUGUGAAGAUAACGCUGAAGUACUUGCUUGAGGGCGACAAGGAGGCGCAUGUUGAGGCAGUGAAGAAGGCCAGGGACUAUUACCAGGCAUGCAUGAACGAGACCCAUAUCGAGUUAAUGAAUGCUUCUGAGCUAGCCGACAUUCUAACAAAUGAGCUUGGUGGAUGGCCGACGCUUGGUUCAAAUGCAGGAGGAAAUUGGAACGAAUCCUUGUUCAAUUUUGAGGACGAUUUAAUUCGUUUAAGGACCCUAGGUGGGUCACCGAUUAUAAAAAUAUAUGUGGGGACGGACGAAAAAGACAGUGGAAAGAAAAUACUUAUGGUACAAGAGCCGUAUUUGAAUUUAGGCAGCAGGGACUAUUUUUUCAAAGAUGAGCAUGAAGACGUUAGACAAGCGUUUAUGACGUACAUGACAAACAUGGCGGUUCAUUUUGGAGCAGACGAAAAGACGGCGCGAGAAGAUUCGCUAGAAGUGUUUGCCCUGGAUUCUGAUCUAGCUAAUAUAACGUUAUCAAAAGAGGAAAGCAGAAAGCGGGAUGAUAGAUACAACAAAAUGACAAUUGCAGAACUCGAACGGCAGUUUCCAACACUAGACGUGUUUGACUGGUCAAGAUUGAUACAGCGGUUGGUCCAAACUGCAACAGACAAUAUCACCAUUACAGAGGAGGAAUACAUUGUGAUGGAGACGCCGAAAUAUUACAAGGAAGUGUUCAAAAUACUCAAGAAACAUAGAAAUAGGACAAUAAAGAACUACAUAAUGUGGUCCUAUGCAUCUAGGCUUGUUAGCAGGCUGCCGAAACGAUUUUUAGAUGAAUCCCAGACAUUGAGGAAGGUGCAGUAUGGAAACGAGAUGAAACAGUCACGAUGGAAGCAGUGCUCCCAGUCCACCAUGUACGACUUUGGGAUGGCUGUUGGGAGAUUAUUUGUACUGGAAACAUUCGAUGUCGAAGCAAAACAUAUGGCACUUGAAAUGAUCAGUGAUAUUCGAGAAGCUUUCAAUGAACGGCUGGAUGAACUUGAUUGGAUGGACCCGGAAACCAAGAAAGUCGCUAUAGAGAAAGCAAAACACAUAAAAGAAAUGAUCGGCUUUCCGGACUUUAUCUUGAACGAUACAGCUCUUAACAAGUAUUAUGAAGAGGUAACUGUUGACGAUAAACAUUACUUCACUAACACAGUCGAGAUAAUGAAAGUAGUUGCGAUGAAAUCUCUCAAGUCCCUGAGAUCCCCAAAUGAGAAGGACCCGAAAGGUUGGGAUAUUCCCCCGGCAGUCGUCAACGCUUUUUAUUCACCGCUCUCGAAUGUUAUAACGUUUCCAGCCGGUAUGCUGCAGCCGCCGUACUACAGUAAAUAUCAACCAAGGUCGAUGAACUACGGGAGUAUCGGCUGGCUGAUCGGACAUGAAAUCACGCAUGCCUUUGACGACGCUGGUCGAAUGUACGACAAAGAUGGUAAUCUCCAGAACUGGUGGAAACCAGAAGCCAUCAUGAGGUUCAACAACAAGACUUCCUGUAUUGUAGACCAGUACAACAGCUAUGUGGCUCCACAUGCAAAUAUGAACCUAAAUGGUGAAUACACUAAAGGAGAAAACAUAGCUGAUAAUGGCGGUCUCCAACAAAGUUGGAAGGCAUACCGAACUUGGAAAGGACGGAGUAAAGUUAAUGAGCAGAGUCUUCCUGGGCUUGACUACUCACACGAACAAUUGUUCUUCAUUAAUUUUGCACAGGGUUGGUGUGGAGUGACCACAACGAAGCGAGAGAGAGACCAGAUCCUUACUGAUUCCCACAGCCCAGGAAGGUUCAGGAUUAUAGGUUCCUUGCAAAACUCUAAGGAGUUUUCCGAAGUGUUCAAUUGUCCAAGAGGCAGUUAUAUGAAUCCAGAGAAGAAAUGUCAUGUGUGGUAGAUUUACAUGACGAUGUAUGUGAAGGAAAUACAUUCAAACAUUGGUCCGUCCAACAUUAAAACACAUUUACACCCAGUGUUUUAUAUGCCCUAUAUGAUAUAGACCGGGAAGUAUUAUAGUUUCACCAGCGGCGUACGGGCGGAGGAUUAUAUCGGUGUUGAGUGUGUUUUCCGAUCAGUACCUUUAAAAGCCCUUGCCCAAUCACCACCAAUUAUUGCCAGAAUGUGUAUGAGCAUAAUAUCACGGAAAAGUUUAAUAACAAACCAUAUCGCUGAAGUCACUCUAGAGUUAUCGCUCUUUAAUUAUAAAAAAUACCUAUAAUCGGUCUUGUCCGAUUAUUCACUUUAGAAUUCUCUGUCUAAUCAUCACCAAAUUGAUUCAGAAUGUGCAUGGACAUAAUAUCUCGGACAUGUUGGAUAACAAACCAUUUCACUUAAUUACUCGAGAGUUAUCGCCCUUUAGUUAAAGAAAUGACUUAUAAUCGGUCUUGUCCAAGCAUACCCAUAAUUUCUUAAGAAUGUUUAUCGGCCUACUACUCGGCGAAUUUGAUAACCAGUUAUAUUACUAUAGUAAUUCUAGAGUCAAUUAAAGAAAUUACCAUACAUUGGCCUUGUCCGAUCAAUAACUUAGGAAGCAUUUGUCCAGUCAUCACCAAGUUUGAUUAAAACAUGUUUUGUUAACCAGCCAUGUCUCUUUAGUCUCUCAAGAGUUAUCUCCCUUUCAUUAUAGAAAUUGCCUGGAAUCUGUAUUGUCCGAUUAAUAAAUGACAAAGCUUUAGUCCAAUCAUCACCAAGUUUGGUCAGAAUGUGUAUGGGCAGAAUUGCUUCCGUCGCUCGAAAGGUUUGACAAUUGAAUUGGCAAAAAAACUUUACUAACAGUAUCCUCUCUCUAAAAUGACUUAAUGUACAACCAAUUUACACCAAACUUUGUGUCGUAAAAGUAGGACUGGCGUAUUUUGCGAUAGUUGGCGCUCUUGUUAUAUUUGUGGUAUACCAGUUAUUCAGUUAGGGGUUAUUUCAGUUAUUUUUAGGGAUUUUUUCUGCUCCAGAUUUAACGUCGAGCCCCCGAACUUAGAUUUUACGACAAAGUUACGUUUGAGAAAUUACCGAUCAGAAGCUGACUUCAACCAAAUAUUUGAGCAUCGGUCUACAUUGAAUUCUAUAUGUAUUUGAAGAAUGCUUUACUUCUGUUGUAGAGGUAUUGAGUAACUCGAUAUUGAGUUCACCAAAAAGCUUAGAGACAUAGUUAAAUCCCUACAAAUAAGCUAUAGACAUAAUAUGUUGGUGUUGAAUUCAAAGAAAGAGCUUCGAUAAAUUGUUGAAUCCCUACAAAUAAGCUAUAGACAUAUGUUGGUGUUGAAUUCAAAGAAAGAGCUUCGAUGAAUUGUUCAAUCCCUACAAAUAAGCUUGAAACAUAUGUUGGCUUUGAAUUCAACGAAAACGUGAUGGAGGCUGUGGAAGUGACGUUUGCGAAGUUUGUGUUAGAGAGUUUGGAUGAUAUUGUUGCAAUGCUCUUCCAUCAGACAAUUUGCAUGUACAUGCUCAGAUUUUUCAAUAAACAAA